AAGUCAUAUGACAGUCAGAGAAAAGGAAACGCAAACAGGGUCGCAGGAGUCUUUAAGACUUGGGUCCGUGUCCGUGGUCCAUCAGACUGUGAAAUGUUUUCUCUGCGGGUCUUCUUCUGUUUUUUGUCCGUGUCUGUGCAUGUCGCGAGCGGCAUGUAUGAUCCAGAUGAGGUGCUGGAUCUACCAGGCAUGUCUUUUAAACCCAAUUACCGCCAGUGGUCAGGAUAUCUGAAGGCCAGUUCUGGCAAGUUUUUGCAUUAUUGGUUUGUGACGUCUCAGAGGGACCCGCUGAAGGACCCAGUCGUGCUGUGGCUGAACGGAGGGCCAGGCUGUAGCUCUCUGGAUGGGUUUCUAUCAGAGAAUGGCCCCUUUCAUGUCAAUGAUAAUGGAGCCACAUUGUAUGAGAAUGAAUUCAGCUGGAAUAAAAUUGCCAACGUCCUUUAUCUUGAGUCACCUGCUGGAGUGGGUUAUUCCUACUCAGAUGACCAAAAAUAUCAAACCAAUGAUGAUGAGGUGGCAGAUAACAACUACCUAGCUUUGCAAAGCUUUUUCAUCAAAUUCCCAAAUUUCACCCAGAAUGAGUUUUUCAUUUUUGGUGAGAGUUAUGGAGGCAUCUACGCACCAACACUCAGUCUGAGAGUUGCCACUGGAGGUAAACUUAAAGUGAACUUUAAGGGUUUUGCUGUGGGAAAUGGCAUUAGUAGCUUCGCACUAAAUGACCAAUCACUAAUCUACUUCGCCAACUAUCAUGGCCUGCUUGGAGAACAGCUGUGGAAGGAUCUGAAUGACAACUGCUGUCAAAAUGGAGUCUGUAAUUUCUACAACAAUUCUAAAGAGGCCUGCUCUGUUGUGGUAGCGCAUGCGUUUAAUAUAGUCUAUAACUCUGGAUUGAAUACAUACGCGCUGUAUCUUGACUGUGCUGGUGGUGUCACAUCUCAGAGAGCCAUGAAGCAUCUUUUCAGAAACUUUAGGAAGCAUUGGGAAGCUAAAAAGUUAGUAGGAAGUCCUCCAAAUGGAGUGCCUCCAUGCAUCAACAGCACCGCUCAGAUGAACUGGCUUAACCGAGGAGAUGUAAGGAAGGCACUGCACAUUCCUGAUGUACUACCACGUUGGGACAUCUGCAGUGAUGCUGUGGGAAACCAGUAUCACACCAUUUAUGAAACUGUGAAGGAUGUGUAUCAGAAGCUGCUGGCGUUGGGUCUGAGAGCUUUGGUCUAUAAUGGAGAUACCGAUAUGGCUUGUAACUUCCUUGGGGACCAGUGGUUUGUUGAACAGCUUGGACAGAAGGCGAGCACACUGUACAAACCCUGGAUUUCUGAUAACCAGAUUGCUGGAUUCUACCAGCAGUUUGGCAACAUCACUUUCCUCACAGUCAAGGGUGCCGGUCACAUGGUUCCUCAGUGGGCUCCUGGUCCAUCUUUCCAGAUGCUACAGAGUUUCUUGUCCAAUAAGCCUUAUUGAAUGUCCUCCGGACCAUGUCCUGUCUUAAAGCACUAAAUCAGAUUUUUAGAAGUGGUCUGUUUUUUAAGAAAACAGGUUUUAAGGAAAGUGUUGAAAUGUGACAUGAAGUUGCACAUGAAUUUUCUCAGGGACUGUUGGGUGUAUGCGUGUUAGCAUAUGUUUGGGAAUUUUGAAAUGCUUUUUAUUUUGGUAAAUGUUUGAAUCUUUGUUUAAAAAGAAUUUUUCCUCAAAGACUAGGGUUGGUUUUCAUAGUCAUGUUGAUCAUAACAAUCACAUAAUCCCAAAUAUAGGUACACUAUUUGAAAUAGUAUUAAUGGAUGUCACGUGGUUUUAAAAUGUUUCAAUUAUGUCCUUAAAACAAGAGUUACUGUUAUGGGUCAUUCUAUGGAAAUGUCAAUUUUUCUGUCCCUAGCCUUUACAAAAAUAUUACACUUGAAAAACACUUUAGGUUUAUAUGUUAUGUUAUUUGAACAAUGACACUAUCUACACUAUUAGCUAUCAAUUUGGCAUUAUUUGUUUUUCAAUGAAAUAUUUUGAAUUCCAAGCACCACAAAACCGCUCAUCCCCACAGCCAUGUACAGAGGGAAAGUGCUUUAUUUUGAGUUCAAAAACAAGCUUUUCUACCAUUUAAAAUGCAAUAAUGUAUUCAUAACUAUCAAAUAUAUGAUGUAAAUUGCAUAAAAAAACAAAAUGCAGAAUAAAUAUUAUAUCAUGUAUAAUAUACAAUGAAAGUAGUGGUCCCCUGGAGUGUCAUUGGUGUUACUGUUAACAAAAAUGGUUUAUUUUGAAAUAAAAAUCACACUAUUUUCUGAAGAUGUAUGAAAAGGGCUCAUGUUAAGUCCACUGUCUCUUUUCCGUUAUCAGAAAUUUGCUCAUUUAUCUCAUGAUUUCAUAUGAAGGUUUUAGUUGAAGUCACUGGUGUGACCUACUUUAUUGUUAGAGAAUUGUAAAAAGCUACAAUACAAAUGGAUUAAACUACUUAAUUUAGUGAGUUUACCAUGAUUGACAACAUGUGGUUUGAUACCUUGCAGCAGCCUUUUUGUAAAAUUAUUUUUGCAUGAAAAUUGUCACUGGUGUUACCUUCCUUAUAGGAAAAUAAAUGCACAAAAAGAUAAAUCA